GUCCACUCUCCUUUCCAUCCUCUAUGAUGGCUCGUUUAACAUUCCUUGUCGUCCCAUUACUGGCCUCACUGGUGGCGCAAGCAGCACAGCUUGCUUUGAGUGCUCCAUCAUACCAAGUACUCUCUUCAGAUGGUAGCCAGCUUCGCUCUGAACAAAUCACGGAUACGAACCGACAAGCCAAAUUCGUUGUAUUGAACUCGACAGAGACACUGAAGCUCUCGUUUCAAGUGACGGAGAAGGGAACCGAGAAGGGCGUCCAGCCUCAUCAGGCCUUCCUUCGUUUCUAUGACAAGUCAACGGGCGAGGAGGGGAUUCAACCCGUGAAGGUUGGCCCUACCGGAAAGGCAAAAUUCGAGCUUAACAUGGCCAAACCCCCUCCUUCUCUUCCUCCAAGUGGAACUGCUCCUCUAUCCGUCACUCUCAUCCUCGGUUCAUUUGUUCACUCCCCGGCCACCAUCCACCUCUUCGACGUGCAAAUCCCUCCAUCCCUCCCUGCGCCUCAACAUCCCGAGGAUGCCUCCUUCUACUUGUUGCCCGAGAUCAAACAUACGUUCCGUCCCGAGCAGACAGUCCCCCCGACUGUGGUUAGCGGAUUCUUCACGCUGCUGGUGUUGGCGCCUUGGGUUGUUCUUAUUGGUUUGUGGACGGCCGUCUCUCCAAAAGUCCCCCACCUCUUCGAUCUCUCCAUCUUUCCUUUCACAGGCACCCUCGUCGUCAUCGAGGCUCUCCUCUUCUGGUAUUGGACCAGUCUCAGGUUGGGUCAGAUUCUUCUGUAUGGAUCUGCUGCUGGUGCUGUAGCCGUCGUCACGGGCAAGUGGGCCUUGGCCUCCAUGGGCGAGCGGAGGCUUGGGAGGACUUAGAGUUGCUUUGUCGCUGUGGGUUGAUUGGAUGGAGCAAAACAAAAAUCUGUCUGUUCUUGAUUCUCGAUUUGUGGAGGAGGGAAUAGGCGGGUGUGGGACGGCUCUGUGUGGCGUGCUUCGCGUUCAGGAUACCAGACAAGGACAAAAUAAAAUGCCAAGCUUGAUGCCUGGCUUUCGUUU